CUAGACGGAACAAUAGACUGAACUUUGGUUCAAUAAAACAAUAUUUUUAAACCGACAUUAUAAUUAUGAUAUUGUAUUAUAAAUUAAAUGUGUCUGAUUGCAGGUUAUCACGAAACAGAACUUUUGUAGCACCAAACUGAAAAGUGAAACGUAUUCAUUGUAGUCUUUUAGUUUUAUGACGGAAAAUACAUGAUUUCUAGCGCAAAACAUUUUUUUAAAUUUAAUAUUCAAUAAAAAGAGAUGAAUGACAUACAUUUGGAGGUAAAACAUGAACUGAAAGACAAAGUUUUACCGGAUAAUGAUAUGUUAUGCAACGAAGAAGGAAAGUUUUCAUCCGAUGUUGGACAACUCCUUCAUUCUAAACUCAAGAGGGACCAAUGGUCAAGAAAAUUGGAUUUUAUUCUAGCCUGUGUAGGAUGCGCUGUUGGGCUUGGAAAUAUUUGGAGAUUUCCAUACUUGUGCUACAAGAAUGGAGGAGGUGCCUUUUUGAUCCCCUAUAUUGUUUGCCUUGUAACAUGCGGUAUACCUGUAUUCAUGCUGGAGUUAGGUCUAGGACAAUUUAUGAGUAUUGGAAGCGUGGAGACAUGGGCACGACUUGUUCCAGCAUUUAAAGGAAUAGGAGUUGCCUGCUGUGUGGCCAGCUUCCAAAUGAACAUCUAUUAUAUCGUGAUGUUGGCUUGGGCCGGCUAUUUUCUCGUCAUGUCGUUUUCUGCAACACUACCGUGGUCACACUGUAACAACGAAUGGAAUACAGACAGAUGCUUUUCGCAACAAAGCGUACAGUCAAACACCAAUGCUUCAACAAUAGUAAGAAACGUGUCAACAGGAAACAGGACUAUUGAUUCUGCAGUAGAAUUUUGGGAGAAAAAAGUUCUUCGUAUUUCAAAAGGUAUCGACGAUCCAGGAAGCAUUGUUUGGGAGCUGGCUGUCUCACUGUUUGUUGUUUGGGUCUUGGUAUAUCUGUGCGUUUGUAGAGGGGUUAGGGUGAGCGGAAAGGUUGUUUAUUUUACUGCUCUAUUUCCAUAUGUCGUUAUAACAAUCUUGCUUAUCCGUGGGGUUACUUUGGAUGGAGCUGGUGAUGGCAUAUAUUUCUAUCUUAAACCGGACUUUUCCAGACUUUUAGAUCCACAGGUAUGGAUAGACAGUGGGACACAAGUGUUCUACUCCUAUGUCAUAGCUAAUGGAGUAUUAAUUACACUUGGAAGUUACAAUAAAUUCAAUAACAACUUUUACAGGGACUGUUUCCUUGUGUCAAGUAUCAACAGCUGUACCAGUUUCUACGGUGGUUUUGCUGUAUUUUCUGUUCUUGGUUUCAUGGCAAAGGAACAAAAUGUUACAGUAGGAGAGGUUGUCAGUUCUGGUCCUGGUUUAGCGUUCAUAGCCUAUCCUAAGGCAAUAACCCAGAUGCCUUUGGCCCCGGCAUGGGCUGUUCUCUUCUUUAUAAUGAUCUUGUUGCUGGGCUUUGAUAGUCAAUUUGUCUGUGUAGAGGCAUUUUUGGCGCCAAUCAUAGACGCAUUUCCGCAAUAUCUGUACAACAAAAGGAAUAGAAUGAUCUUUACCGCCAUCUUCGUUGUGGUGUGCUACAUACCCGCAUUAUCUAUGGUUACAGAGGGUGGCAUGUACGUGUUUCAAGUGUUUGAUUACUAUUGUGCAAGUGGAUUCGUCUUGCUGUGGAUUUGCUUCUUUGAGGCAAUAGUUGUAUCAUGGGUGUAUGGUAACAAUAUUUUCUCUACAUAUAAAUUAGGAGAUCCUGGACAGUCGUAUCAACUCGAAUCAAUUCCAGGAGUGAAGGCAGCUUGGUUGGCAGAUCUUGCAUUAACAGUGAAGUACAAACCUUGA